UUGACACUUGAUGAAAAUAUUGCGGAUAAUGUUGGAGUCAAAAUUGCAUGGCUCGCUUAUAAACUUCAAGCUCAGAAAACUUUGGAUACUCGGAAGUUACCAAAACUUGAGAAAUACACAAGUGAUCAAUUAUAUUUCAUCUCUUUGGCAAAUGUUAGUUUGUUAUGUUAAUUUCAAAACAUUCCUAUAAUUUUUUAAGGUUCACUGCACCAGUGCUACUAGAGAAGUUCGAGAGUCUUUGCUGGAUUCUGUGCAUACAUUUGGUGCAACUCGACUAAAUGUUCCUCUUCGAAAUUUCCCAAAAUUUGGGGAAGUUUUCAGUUGUAAAAUUGGAUCGGGAAUGAUGCCAAAUGAAACGUGUCAAAUUUGGUGA